UAGAACAACAAAGACUCUUAGGGGUUUUUUUGACCUAGUCAGGUAUUGUUCUUAGAGAGUCUGAAAUCAGUUACAGGUCAUUUUAAAUGUGGAAUUCCACUUCGAAAAAUGGGUGCUUUGACAAUCUACAAGAUCAUACACAGUUACCGAGGCAGUUUGUCCAGAUAACCGCCCAAAAGGGCCCACCUGACCCCCAGUCACAGCGAAUGAGAUUUCAACAAUCCUAAUCAUAUUGCUUUGUUACUGGAUGUUCCAUCCUGUUGACUGUAUUGAUUUACUCUGUGUAAUCCAUCUGGAGUACCAGUGAGAAAGGCCUUUACAUGGACCUCUGCAACUGCUUCUACAACAAAGGAACAGAAGAAUUGUAAAGAGAAAAUAGUGAAAGAAAUGGCUAGCCAGGGAAUGAUAAGUAGAAAUGAAACUUUUGCUUCAUUGCCACUUUUCACAUCCUAUCUAUUAGAAGAAUGGAUAAGUACUGAUCAUCUCCUGAUUCCUCAUAUGGCUGUAAACUUGAUAAUGUUCUUAGCAGCCAUUACAAUCAAUGUCCCCUUUACUCUAGCUGGUGUUUGUUGUAUCUGUGCAUUUAUAGUAUUCAUAUAUCAGAAAGUUAACAAACUAAACAAUGAUUAUUCUAGUGCAUCGUGGGACAAUGCCAGACUAACUAUUGCUCACGGGCUCAUUGGACUUGGAAGAAUACUGCACGGAUAUGAGAUUCUUGGUACAGAAAACAUACCACAAGGGCCAGGACUCAUUGUUUACUACCACGGAGCUAUCCCUAUUGAUUACUCUUUUUUUUUUGCUAGUCGACUUGUUAUGGGACAACGCUGUUAUUCUGUAGUCGAUUAUUUUCUCUUUAGAACACCAGGUUUAAAAGCAUUAUUAAGCAUAAUGAAUUUCACAACAGGUUCAAGAGAAGAAUGUCUGAAAAUUCUCAAGGAUGGCCAUUUGUUAGGUAUUUCACCAGGAGGAGUUCGAGAAGCUUUAUUUAGCAACAACAACUACAAACUUCUAUGGAGCAAUCGUACAGGCUUUGCUCAGCUAGCUAUUGAUGCUAAAGUGGCAAUCAUCCCAAUGUUUACAGAAAAUGUUCGUGAUGGCUAUAGGGCACUUGGAAAUAUAUGGCCACUGAGAUGGCUGUAUGAGAAUACUCGAUUACCACUUGUUCCUAUUUAUGGAUUUUUUCCCGUCAAAUUUCGCACCCAUAUAGGAGAGCCAAUAGCUUAUGAUCCAAACAUAACUUCUGAUGAAUUAGCUAAGAAGACAAAAAUUGCAAUAGAAACUCUAAUACGCAGACACCAGAAAAAACCUGGACAUAUAAUAAGAGGUAUUUUGGAUCGGUUUGCUAAGCAAUAGAAACCAGACCAAGGUAAAAAUUCAGGAAUACCUCCCCUGAACACUCGCCUAAAACUCAUCAUUGGAAAGGCCUGGAAUGUACUGCUGACUAUUGAUCAAGCAUGAAGACUGACAAACACACCUGACAAACAUUUGUAACUCUCACGAACAAGAAAAGCAGUCUUGUGACUGAUAAGAAAAGCUCAGCUGAACAUGUUUUGGGACACUGGGAAGAAGUUACAAAUGUGGGGCUUUGCAGUCCCCUGGGUGCCAAAAUAAACAAUGAAAGAGGGAAAAAUUAAAUCACACUUCUGUUUCCACCUCUUAGGAGUGACAUGCCACCAUGGUACCACCCCAGUCCCAGGGAAAUGUAGAAAAGUCCAGGAAGAGAACAUGUUUUGGCAUCAGUUUGUCUUUGCAGUAGCUUUUUUUUGUGAGCCAGGAGCACCCUUUUCUGUUUAUGUUCUUCAUGCUUUGAGGUCAUCUUGAGGCCUCCAAGGCUUGUCCACACCCUGCCCUGCCCUGCUAGUUCUCAGGAGUUUGAGGGAUGAGACGCUCACAAGAGUUCUGCCUCUUCAAUCUUCCUUAAUCAUUGGAUAGGAUGAAAGUGCAUCAGCUUCCUUGCUAGGAAAUUGAGCAAAAACUGGAUGGACAGAAGAGUGGCAAUGAAAUUUGUUCUGAUGUUUGCAACUUUUGUUGCAAGUUUAUUUACAAGAUUUAGUGAUUUAUGAUUCAUCUCUCCAUUAUCUAGUUGAUUCUAUCUACAAGUUGAUUCUCUACUGAUUUGGAAUUUUGUUAUAUUUCCUGAUGCUUUAAUACUAUCUAUAUUAUUUUCUGUAAUCAUAUGUAUUUUUCCUGAUGGUUUUGUUUUCAUGCUUUUGUUCACAUGUAUCCCUGUAUCAUGCAUCUGAUUCAGUUUGCAGCUGGUAAUCUGCUUGUUUAGUGUGUUUGUGAAAAUAUGGAAUGGUAUUGUAUAGUCUGAGCUCGUCAUAUCUUGGAAUUUAAGUUGGAUUGAUACUUGGAAGGAAGACGUCCAAGGAAGACUCUGCAGAGGAAGGGAACGGCAAAUCACCUCCACUUAAUCAGUUCCUUGAAAAUCCCAUCAGCGAUCAGUAUAAGUCAGCUAUAACUUGACAACAUUUUUCCCACAGACAUUGUAUUAUGCAUAAAUACCUUUAAUAAACCACUUAAUUUGUAUCAGUAA